AUGGGCCUCAACAUCUCCAUCAUCUACCCGCAAGUACCUCCGACCCCGCCUCCCAAACGCGAUGUUGAGCGUUGUGACCUCGCGUGGUCAGUGGGAUGGGGCACGUGCCUGGGGUGCGUCCUUGGGCUCAUCGACGAGAAAAAGAUGUACCCCCCGCCGGCGCGCAAGCUGCUUGACGAGAUUUACGACUACACAUCAAGUGGACUCGAACACCACCGGAAGGUGACCGCGACAACAUACAAGUGGUGUAGCGAGCUCGAAAGUUAUCUCGUGGGCUUCCUCGAGGCCUGUACCGAGAACGAUAAAGCCACGAUGCGUGCGUUUACGAUCGAACGGCUCGACAAAGCGCCAGCGACGGUCCAGGCUGUUCUUUGCAGCAUCGAAUCGGGGCUCAAGGACAUAAACCUCGCCAUCGGGCUACUGUCCAAGUUUCGUGCCGAGAUCCACGCAGCCUUUGCAGUCAAAGGCACUCAAUCGUCGAAAGAGUGCACGGCAAUCGAGGCCAAGAUGGAGAGCGCGCUCGCGUGCUUCACGGCUACCCAUGAUACCCUCUAUCGCGCUCGUUCCGCCUUCAAGCGCGACGCCCAGCACGUCGCAUUUCUCGAAAGCAGCGCAGGCGUCGUCAAGACAUUCAUCCAGCUCGAGAGCGCUUCGAUGCCCAUGCUCGCGUCGAAGGGCAAAGAGCUCGUCCAGCUCUGCGAAUCGUACAAGAAAAGGCAUUCCGAGUAUGCCGGCCUCCUCUCAAAGUGA